AUGAGGGAGCAUUUUAUCACCUUGGAUCCCAACAAUGUGCUCGCAAGCAACUGGUCUAGCAGUACCUCUGUUUGCAACUGGAUUGGCGUCACAUGUGGCUCUUCCCACCGCAGAGUAACUUCCUUGAAUCUCUCCGGCAUGGCUCUUGAUGCCACCAUCCCUCCGCAUCUUGGAAACCUGUCAUUCCUUUCUCGCCUGCAUCUUCCCAACAAUAGCUUCCAUGGUACUCUACCUGCUGAUCUAGCUGGAUUACGCAGACUGACGAUCAUCAACCUCAGAUUCAACAAAUUCACAGGAAGCAUCCCGUCCUGGUUUGAAUUUCUACCCAAACUAGAAUACCUGUUACUGAGAGGGAACAGUUUCUCUGGCACAGUCCCACACUUUCUGUUCAACAUGACUUCCCUGCAAUCGCUUGAACUUUCUGAAAACAAGUUUUGGGGUCCCUUACCUUCCAGCAUUUUCUUGUCUCCUUCUUUGAAAUAUUUGUAUCUUCCUAACAAUCAACUGUCAGGCGAUAUCCCUUCAGCUAUCAUCGACAGUUCGUUACUACAGGAUAUUAUCCUCUACAGAAACAACCUAUCCGGACAACUGCCGGAGCGCAUCUUCCACCACCGUCCAAACUUGGAAGAGCUUUACGUGUCUUGGAACGCCUUAUCCGGUGAACUUCCACUCAGUUUGUUCGAUUGCAAACAACUGCAAUAUUUAUACUUGUCCAACAACACCUUGGGUGGAAACAUACCAUCAGCCAUCGGGAAUUUAACAAGCCUCAAACAGAUCUAUCUUGGCUUUAACAAAUUCAGAGGUGCAAUACCAAAUGAGAUUGGUAAUCUACGUAGUUUAGAGAUUAUGAAUCUUCCUUUCGCCAAUGUGAGUGGCAACAGUCCACCAUCAAUCUUUAAUAUUUCUACCCUACAAGAAAUUGAUGCCUCCCAGCAAGCCUAGGCUCCAUGCUUCCAAACCUUGUUGGGCUGUACAUGGGGAUUAAUUAUCUCAGUGGAAGAAUUCCAAGCUCCUUGUGCAAUGCCACUAUGCUCAAGAGCAUAACUUUGUCUAGAAACUCAUUUUCUGGAUAUAUUCCAGACAUUUUUGGCAGCUUAAGAAGCCUCCAGCAGCUCAGUCUUGGUGAAAAUAAUUUGACAAGUGAUUCAGAGCUAAGUAUUAUAAAUUCUUUCACGAAUUGUAGAUAUCUCUAUUUGUUGUCAUUUAAUAGCAAUCCAUUGGAUUCCAUUCUUCCAAUGUCAACAGGAAACCUUACUACUUCUCUGCUCAACUUGAAUAUUUGGGGUUGUUCAUUGAGAGGCACCAUUCCAGCAAGUGUUGGCAACUUGAUAAACCUUAACCUCGGUAACAGUCAUUUUAUUGGAACUUUUUCUACUAACAUAGGGAAAUUAAAAAAGCUACAAGGCCUCUUUUUAACUGACAACCAAUGGGAAGGAUUUGUUCCGCCUCAAUUGUGUCAACUAACGAGCUUGUAUAAAUUUUCCGUUAUAAGCAACAAGUUCUCUGGCCCUAUACCUUAUUGCUUAAGCAAUCUUACCUCAUUGAGAUGGCUUUGGCUUUCUUCAAAUAAAUUCAAUUCAAUACCUUCCACCUUGUGGGACCUGUCAGAUUUAUUGCUUUUAGAUUUAUCUUCCAAUAAUUUAAGUGGAAAUCUCCCAUUAGAUAUAGGAAAUCUAAAAGCCAUGAGUUGGAUUUAUUUAUCAGGAAAUCAGUUUUCAGGUAGCAUCCCAAGAAGCCUCAAUAAUCUUAUGAAUUUGGUUCGUCUUACCUUUGACAUGAAACAAAUUUGAAGGGCCCAUCCCAGAAUCAUUUGCUCGGAUGUUAAGUUUGGAACUCCUUGAUUUAUCAGAGAAUAACUUGUCUGGUAUCGUUCCCAAAACAUUAGAGGCACUUGUGUAUGUGAAAUAUUUCAAUGUUUCUUACAAUAAGUUAAAAGGAAAAAUCCCGGAUGGGGGACCUUUUGCAAACUUCUCAGCUCAGUCGUUCAUGGGGAACAAAGAAUUAUGUGGUGCUCCUCGUUUCCAUUUUCCGGAAUGCAAAAUUGAAAAAUCCCGAAAAUGGAAUGCACAUAUUGUGUUGACAUAUAUUUUACCUGCAGCAAUAGUUGCCACCCUUCUUGUGGAUUCCUUUGCAUCCUAAAAUUCCGAAAGCACAAGGUAAUCAACAAUUCAGAGGUGGAUCAAUCAGGAGCAAGAUGGAGAAGAAUAUCAUACUAUGAAAUUCGGCAAGCAACAGAUAGGUCCAAUGAAAAUUAAAAGAUUACUCUUGAACUAAAACUCCAUUGCUUGAAGUGUCUAUUUGUUGUUGUAUUUUGUUGUUUUUUAUUAAUCAGUUUACUGUUUAAUUUGUUUGUUGUAAUGUUUAGGCAGUCCAAACUUAAGUUAAAUUGAGGUAAAAUGGGAAUAAUGUCUGGUGAGAAAAUGAUGACCAAAAUUGAACAGUGUAUGGGGGAGAAGCAAGGCUUUGUUCUACAUGCACCAAAUUUGCUUUUGCCUUUUGCUAUUCCUUCUGAUCAAUCUAACCUUCUAGACUAACCAACUUUUCCCACUGAAAACUUAAGUUUGAAGUUGGAAACUAAAUAGUUGUAUACGAUACUAUAGAAUAAGGAAUGAUUCCUAAGCAA